AUGACGGAGUCAGCGCCGCUGCAGGGUCUCAGCCUGAUUGAGAACGGGUGGUUCAUCGAGAAGAAUGCUCAGUGGCCCGGUCAAGCCAACGCACUGGAGGUGAAAGAGGUACUUCUGCACAAGAAGACCAAAUUCCAAGAUCUGCUGGUGUUCGCAUCUGCGAAGCACGGAAACGUGAUCGUACUGGAUGGAGUUAUACAAAUCACAGAGCGUGAUGAAAUGUCAUAUCAGGAGAUGCUGGCACACUUGCCCAUGUUCUCCGCGGACAAGCCCACGCAUGUUCUCAUCAUUGGAGGUGGGGAUGGAGGCGUCCUUCGCGAAGUGGUGAAGCAUGACACUGUGGAGAAGGUGACUUGGUGCGAAAUUGACGGCGAUGUGGUGGAGGCCGCAAAGAAAUACAUGCCUAACGUGGCCGUUGCCGUCAGUAAUCCGAAAACCGAGCUGCUCGUCGGCGACGGU